GCGGCGUGCUCUAAGGCGAAAGUCAUGGAGGAAAUUAAAAAGUUCCUUCCUUUAUGGGGAACUUGAAAAAAAAAAAUCUUCCGUUUCUCGCUUGCCUUCGCCACCGUCCUCUACGAGCGCUACGUCAGAGCCGAACGUCGCGUCUGGUGCUCUUUUUAUUGCUUGAAGACACCCUAUACUUCCGGUUGUCUCGGCUCCGCUCGCUUUGUCUGCCCGCAGUCUUCGCCGCGCUGCUGCGAAGUUGAUGCUGUGGCGUGAUGGACCCUGCGCGGCGCGCCCGUCUCGAAAGGCUUGCAAGGGUAAUGGACCCGUACGGCGACACACAAGGUCGGCCUACCACCACCGAAGAUGAGGACCCAGCGUCGUCGCCCUCACCAGACCGCGGCGAUGAUAUACGUUGGUGUGCUUGCGGGCGGUGCGUGGCUAGUGCAAGUGCUGAGGAAAACGUUUGCUGUCGGGAUGUGGGUGAAGUCGUCGCCAAAGGCACCGAUGACUGUAUUACCCGGCACUCGCAUUUCCCCGGCAUUUGCCUCAAUCCUGGCGUCCUCGAGGCGGCGUUCUACGCGUUACAGGAGCUCGGCGUGCGAGUGGAGGGAGAGCUGCACGAAAAGUACCGCGUCGUCGCCUAUCGCCUCUUCACGAAGUGGAUAUGGAAACGACUGGGCAGGUGGGAUCAAGUCGUGCUGCCUGCGUGUGUCGUGGAACGCAUUCGACAAGAAUUUCCCUCGGCCACGUACGUCCGAUUCCUGCACCCUCGCCUGGAAGACUGAAGCUUCGCGUACGGCAGCUUCAUCAUUGAUAUCUUUAUUACCACCACGUGCACGGACAACAUGUCUUAUGCAUGUCUACAGAGCGCAGUGCCGGAUUAAGAAGUUUUUAGACUCGGAGUUAAAUUUGCCUCGGGGACCCACUGAUAAUGAUUACGAUUUACCAGUCCAAUCACAGAAACUAUUUGGCUAUUACUAAAUAUUUUCUAAAGAUUUUUGCGGGAGAAUGCCCCUUGGAUGGGAUGUUUACAACUUCGAGUGACUAAUCUAAAAUUUCGACGGGGUGAGGGGCUCUUUAAAAGUAUUGAUGGAAACUUGCCAAAGAAACAUUUUGUUGAACCCCCUGGCAGUUGGAGGCUGCAGACCACUUAGCCCCUAGGUUAACCUGGCCCUGACUGCGGACGCUUAUUGUAGUUUGCAGAAUUAUAUAUUACAUUAAAAAUAUAUGUGUUUGAUAUAAAGAUAUGGUAAAUUUUAUUAGGGGACGUCAUAAGAUGUAGCAAAUGGCAUUGCGAAGUACUAAACUUGCACUGUACACUGUGCUGGCCCUCAUAAUACACACUUUUCUACUUGAUCUGAACAGCAAUAAUUUCAAGGGCACUUACCCGAAGAAAUGUGCAGUUUUAUUACUGUGGUUGUCUUUUGCUUUCAAGGUAAUAACAGUUCCAAGGCAUGGCGAUGCAAUAUACAUUAAAAAAGUUCAAUAUAUGUAGCGCCGACUACUGUGUUUAGUGCAUAAUUAAAACUUCCUUGCGAUUGUAGCAGCCUUGUAAUUGAUGAGUAUACCAAACUUACCAUGUUUUACAUCCUCUUUCUACCCCCUUUCUUUCCUUCUUCCCCUUCCCCCAACCAAGAGUAGCUGGCUAUAGGAAUGUACCUCAGGCCGACCUCUCUGCAUUUCGUACCAUUAAACUUCUCUCU